CCAAUAAGUACGAAUCGAUCGCUGGAACAGUUGAAACGUGUUAGCUCUUUCAAAAAUGCAAGUCAAGUUGUGCGCUAUCCUUUUGGCCAUUGGCCUCAGUCAGGUCGUGGCAUAUCCUCCAGUGCAACUCAACAAUCCGCACCAGAACUUGGUGCAGUUCAUGAUCCAAACCCGUGAAGUCAGCAGCAAUAGUGAUCAUACCCUUGAAUGCUUGGAUUAUUACCUUCCCCUGCUCGACGAAGUUGUGGAGACCUACAAGACCGAUCUCAAUGCGUGUUUGGAUGAAGCUUCCUCGGAAGUCUCGCAGAUCAACGACAACACCAAGGAUGAACGAGAUGCCAUCGACGCCUCCGCCACGAGCUCCUGCGCUGCCCUCACCGUUUGCAGUGCCAAGGAAGCCGCCGAAGAUUACUUCAAGUGCUACAGUGAAGCCGGUACCAACAACACCAAAACCAUGUUCACCAUCUCCGCUAACGCCUCCGAGCUGCUGGCCGCUGUCCAGGAGGAAGUGCGUCUCAUCAAGGUGAAGGAAGCGGUGUGCACCAACAAAACGCAGAGGGCCUAUGGAGAGAACUAUGGUGCACUUUACGAGGAGCUAGGCGGCUGCAUUGGUGGAGCUCCCAUUCCAUCGGAAACAACAAGCACACAGUCCUCCUCCACGGAUUCAUCGACUGACUCAUCCUCUGUGUCCACCGAAUCCUCUACUGAUUCGUCCUCCGUUUCAACCGAAUCCUCUACUGAUUCCUCGACCGACUCGUCCUCUGCUUCAACGGAAUCCUCCACAGAUUCAUCGACUGAUUCGUCUUCAGUGUCCACCGAAUCCUCCACUGAUUCAUCGACAGAUUCGUCUUCAGUGUCCACCGAAUCCUCCACUGAUUCAUCGACAGAUUCGUCUUCAGUGUCCACCGAAUCCUCCACUGAUUCAUCGACAGAUUCGUCUUCAGUGUCCACCGAAUCCUCCACUGACUCGUCGACUGAUUCGUCCUCUUCGUCCACCGAAUCCUCCACUGACUCGUCGACUGAUUCGUCCUCUUCGUCCACCGAAUCCUCCACUGAUUCGUCUUCUGCAUCCACCGAAUCCUCCACUGAUUCGUCCUCCGAUUCCACCGCAUCCUCUACUGAAUCCUCAUCUGUUUCCACGGAAUCCACCACAGAAGACGGUAAUAAGGAAAUGUCACCUGAGGAGGACUUGAAAUCCCUCUCCACUCAGAACAGCAAUGACCUCGAGAAGAUUCUUAAGAAUCUGCGGGUUUGGUUCAAAAAUCACUAAGCCGUCGUGCUAAUUUUAAAUAAACACAUUAA